GCCCGCAGCGCGGCGCUGCAGCGCGAGGGGCGGAGAGGCAGAGAGGCGAGAGGACCAGACGCCAGGUCGCCUGCAUCCCGGUGCCGCAGGAGAGAGGAAGCGCGCCCCGGCCCUCCUCGCCAGCCUUCGCCCGGGCGCCCGCCAGAGCCUUCUCAGCCGCAGAGACCGAGCGCCUGUCCUCCACCUCGGCCUCAGCUGAGCCCCCUCCUCCGGAGCACACACCAUCUCUGCCACCCAAGAAGUACCAAGCCCCACGCCGGCGACCACCAUGGCGGAGACCAACAACGAAUGUAGCAUCAAGGUGCUCUGCCGAUUUCGGCCCUUGAACCAGGCAGAGAUUCUGCGGGGGGACAAGUUCAUCCCCAUUUUCCAAGGGGACGACAGCGUCGUUAUUGGGGGGAAGCCGUAUGUCUUUGACCGUGUAUUCCCCCCAAACACGACUCAGGAGCAGGUUUAUCAUGCAUGUGCCAUGCAGAUCGUCAAAGAUGUCCUUGCUGGCUACAAUGGCACCAUUUUUGCUUAUGGACAGACAUCCUCAGGGAAAACACAUACCAUGGAGGGAAAGCUGCAUGACCCCCAACUGAUGGGAAUCAUUCCUCGAAUUGCCCGAGACAUCUUCAACCAUAUCUACUCCAUGGAUGAGAACCUCGAGUUCCACAUCAAGGUUUCUUACUUUGAGAUUUACCUGGACAAAAUUCGUGACCUUCUGGAUGUGACCAAGACAAAUCUGUCUGUGCACGAGGACAAGAACCGGGUGCCAUUUGUCAAGGGUUGUACUGAACGCUUUGUGUCCAGCCCUGAGGAGAUUUUAGAUGUGAUUGAUGAGGGGAAAUCGAAUCGUCAUGUGGCUGUCACCAACAUGAAUGAACACAGCUCUCGAAGCCACAGCAUCUUCCUCAUCAACAUCAAGCAGGAGAAUAUGGAGACUGAGCAGAAGCUCAGUGGGAAGCUGUACCUAGUGGACCUGGCAGGGAGUGAGAAGGUCAGCAAGACUGGAGCAGAGGGAGCCGUGCUGGACGAGGCAAAGAAUAUCAACAAGUCCCUGUCAGCCCUGGGGAAUGUGAUCUCCGCACUGGCCGAGGGCACUAAAACCUACGUCCCAUAUCGUGACAGCAAAAUGACCCGGAUUCUCCAGGACUCCCUGGGAGGAAACUGCCGGACCACUAUGUUCAUCUGUUGCUCACCAUCCAGCUACAACGAUGCAGAGACCAAGUCCACCCUGAUGUUUGGGCAGCGGGCAAAGACCAUUAAGAACACUGCCUCAGUGAAUCUGGAGUUGACUGCCGAACAGUGGAAGAAGAAAUAUGAGAAGGAAAAGGAGAAGACGAAGGCUCAGAAGGAGACUAUCGCAAAGCUGGAGGCUGAGCUGAGCCGGUGGCGCAACGGAGAGAAUGUGCCUGAGACUGAGCGCCUGGCCGGGGAGGAUGCAACCCUGGGAGCCGAGCUCUGUGAGGAGACACCUGUGAAUGACAACUCAUCCAUCGUGGUGCGCAUCGCGCCCGAGGAGCGGCAGAAAUAUGAGGAGGAGAUCCGCCGCCUCUACAAGCAGCUUGACGACAAGGAUGAUGAGAUCAACCAGCAGAGCCAGCUCAUAGAGAAGCUCAAGCAGCAAAUGCUGGACCAGGAAGAGCUGCUGGUGUCCACCCGAGGAGACAAUGAGAAGGUCCAGCGGGAGCUGAGCCACCUGCAGUCGGAGAACGAUGCUGCAAAGGAUGAGGUGAAGGAAGUGCUGCAGGCCCUGGAGGAGCUGGCCGUGAACUAUGACCAGAAGUCCCAGGAGGUGGAGGAAAAGAGCCAGCAGAACCAGCUUCUGGUGGAUGAGCUGUCUCAGAAGGUGGCCACCAUGCUGUCCCUGGAGUCUGAGUUGCAGCGGCUACAGGAGGUCAGUGGACACCAGCGAAAACGAAUCGCUGAGGUGCUGAACGGGCUGAUGAAGGACCUGAGUGAGUUCAGUGUCAUCGUGGGCAACGGGGAGAUUAAGCUGCCGGUGGAGAUCAGCGGGGCCAUCGAGGAGGAGUUCACCGUGGCCCGACUUUACAUCAGCAAAAUCAAAUCAGAAGUCAAGUCUGUGGUCAAGCGGUGCCGGCAGCUGGAGAACCUGCAGGUUGAAUGUCAUCGCAAGAUGGAAGUGACUGGGCGGGAGCUCUCGUCCUGCCAGCUCCUCAUCUCCCAGCACGAGGCCAAGAUCCGCUCGCUCACGGAAUACAUGCAGAGUGUGGAGCUGAAGAAGCGGCACCUGGAAGAGUCCUAUGACUCCCUGAGUGAUGAGCUGGCCAAGCUCCAGGCCCAGGAAACUGUGAGUGAAGUGGCCCUGAAGGACAAGGAACCAGACACACAAGAUACAGACGAAGUAAAGAAGGUCCUGGAGGUGCAGAUGGAAAGUCACCGGGAGGCCCAUCACCGUCAGCUGGCUCGGCUCCGGGACGAGAUCAAUGAGAAGCAGAAGACCAUUGAUGAGCUCAAAGACCUGAAUCAGAAGCUCCAGUUGGAGCUAGAGAAACUUCAGGCUGACUACGAGAAGCUGAAGAAUGAAGAGCAUGAGAAGAGCACCAAACUCCAGGAGCUGACAUUUCUGUACGAGCGACACGAGCAGUCCAAGCAGGACCUCAAGGGUCUGGAGGAGACAGUUGCCCGGGAACUCCAGACCCUCCACAACCUUCGCAAACUGUUCGUUCAAGACGUCACGACUCGAGUCAAGAAAAGUGCAGAAAUGGAGCCCGAGGACAGUGGGGGGAUUCACUCCCAAAAGCAGAAGAUUUCCUUUCUUGAGAACAACCUGGAACAGCUUACAAAGGUUCACAAACAGCUGGUACGUGACAAUGCAGAUCUGCGUUGUGAGCUUCCUAAAUUGGAAAAACGACUUAGGGCUACGGCUGAGAGAGUUAAGGCCCUGGAGGGUGCACUGAAGGAGGCCAAGGAGGGCGCCAUGAAGGACAAGCGCCGGUACCAGCAGGAGGUGGACCGCAUCAAGGAGGCCGUUCGGUACAAGAGCUCCGGCAAGCGCGGCCAUUCCGCCCAGAUUGCCAAACCUGUCCGGCCUGGCCACUACCCGGCGUCUUCACCCACCAACCCCUAUGGCACCCGGAGCCCUGAGUGCAUCAGUUACACCAACAGCCUCUUCCAGAAUUACCAGAAUUUGUACCUGCAGGCCGCACCUAGCUCCACCUCAGAUAUGUACUUUGCAAACUCCUGUACCAGCAGUGGGGCCACAUCUUCUGGUGGCCCCUUGGCAUCCUACCAGAAGGCCAACAUGGACAAUGGAAAUGCCACAGAUAUCAACGACAAUAGGAGUGACCUGCCGUGCGGCUAUGAGGCUGAGGACCAGGCCAAGGUUUUCCCUCUCCACCAAGAGACGGCAGCCAGCUAAUCUCCCCUGUGGACUGCCACGUACCUGCACUUUCAGUUUCUAAGAGGGACUGAGGCCUCUUCUCUCAGCAUGCUGCAAACCUGUGGUCUCUGAUACUAACUCCCUCCCUGCCCUGUUGUUCGACUGUACCGCGUUUGACGUCUUCUCUUCCUCUGUACCUCUUUGUACUCUGUAUCGAUAUAUCAAAAGCUGCUGCUAUGUCUGUCUGUCCUCUCUGUCUUAUCUCUAGUAUCUAAGGAUGUAUUUAGCGAUUCUAAGCAUAGUACACCCUCCUUAUUUGGGGCAAUAGGAGGAGGGUGAAUGUUUCUUCUUUCUUUCAUACAUGCGUCUCUCACACUGAGUGGUGUCAGUCACGGAGAUGAUAAAAGGAAAAACAGGAGCUAGAGGGCUGUGAUCCUUCACACACUCACACGCACGCACACGCACGCACACACACCAAGCCUUAAGCCGAAGAAUGUCGUAGCAUCAUAAGAUACAGAGAUAGACUCCUCCUCCUCUUGCACAUAUAGCACAGGGCAAGGUAAGAUGGAAGGACUGCUCAAUCAGACGUAGAAUUUUCUUCAUACACCCCUCACUUGAACCAAGGGAUUCUGGGUGUGCACCUCUGCCCUCUGACGUCUGCCUUUUGCCUCCCUCUUCCCGUUCCCCUGGACAACCAAGAACGUGGAUUGCUCAAUGGGAUUUCUCCUCAAAAUUACUUGUGAUAUUCUCCACCCCAAAGCUCAUGACCAGAAUCCAGAGUUGCUUAAAAAUAUUUUGCAAAGUUGAGGAGGCAGAUUCUUCCCGACAGGCUGUCAAAUGGUUACUCAUCCGUCCAUGGGGUUAGUUAUAGGCGAGUGUAGUUGACGUGAUUGCGUCUUAGGCUUUGGGGAGUGAACAGGCUGAGAAGUUCCUAAGGAUUUUUUGCCACAUUGAUGAGCUGAAUUCCUUUCUCUGUCCCAUAUUGGGCUGCAUGUUUCCCCCAUCUGAAUUUUUUGGUUUGGGGGCUUCCAGUUCUUCCUUUCAAGAUGGAGCCUGACUUUUCUCCAAUAUACAUUAAAAAAUUUUUUUUCACAAAGAUUUCCUUCUACAAUGUCCCCUUCUGGUAUUAAGUGCACUUUAAAGAAAGGGGCAGGGCAGAUUUUCCAGAAGUGGAGGAGCCCAAGGGCUUGACCUGGGGCUCUUCCUGCCCUCUCCAGCCCCAUGUAAUUGGGAGGAAUAUUGUUUGGGUUUCCGACAUCCUUUCCUUCCACAUGGUGCUAAGGUGGCUUUCCAGGUAACUGCAGGGGUGGAGAGUGGAGGUCACAAGUUGGUCCAAACCAAGAAAGUAAGUCUGGUGUCCAGAUACCCAAUCUUAUCCAGGAUGAAAGAACAGGGCAGCAGGGCAGCCCAUCACCUAGCUUCUCAGUCGGGACAGAAAGCUCAGUGUGAGUGCCAGCUGGUGUUGGCCCAUGACUUCUUCAAGAGAAGAAGUCCCUUCUCCCUUUACCUGUUGGGCCCCUUUUACCAAUUAAGGAGAAAUGCAGGGAAAAAAAUACCAGAGGGGUGUGGAAUAAAUCCAAGGUGGUGACAGUCAAACAUUUUUCAAAAGAAAUCUUAUAUAGAACCCUGAUAUAAAAAGUACCUAAACGUGAUGCAGACCUGGGCAGUUUGCACUUUCUUUAUUUGGCAGAAAAUGCUUCAUUCAUUGAGGAGCCCUUGAACACUCUAAGAGACCCUGAGGGUUCUGUAGAAGAGUUUGGAAACCAGUGUUCUGAGGAAAGGGGUUCAACCUUGCUCCCCUGCCCCAAGCCCACAACUCACAGCAAAGAGGGACAGGGCGGGGACGAUGAGCCACGCUGUCUCCAGACCCAGUCGGAGAAGAAGGAAGACACCUGUGCACCUGUAGACUUGGGCUAAUAUUUGCCAGCAGGGCACCUACAAAUCCAGCGGGCUUUAUGCAAUCUUGCCACCAAGUGAUUCUUUUAAAACACAUAAGAAUGUGAAGGUGCAGGGCAAAUGAGGAGAGAGGUGACAGAGGGAGCGGCCUUCCCUUGAGCAAAAUGUAAGGGAAAUAGAAUUCACUUACAUAAAUAAGAAACAACACGAUACACACAAAGCCUUCACCAGAAGCUUCACUCUACAGCCUCCUCCUCCUCGUCCUCCUCCCCCCACCCCUCACCACAUCCCUUUCAGAGAGCCAGGGUCACCACCAGGGGCACCUGGCCUGCCCACUCACAUCUGCCAAAAUGUUGCAUGCCAGCGUGGAAGACAGACCAAACCGCACAACCCCCAGUGUGUAUUUAUUUGAUGUACAUAGAUAUGUUUAAAAUAAAAUAAACUCAAUGAUGACUCUU